AUGUUGGACUGGGGAGGAAGGAAGCUAAGGGGAAUGGAGCAGGAGGAAGGAAUCCAAGAGGAGGUAACAGAGCAGGAGUUGGAUGCUGAGGAGAACAUCAGGCAGCUGGAUGGAACACUUCAGGAGCAAUUCACAGAGCUGGAGGAAAGUGAACAGGAGAAUAUUCUAGAACAGGAAGGAGAACCACAGGAAGAGAGCACUGAGCUGGAUGGAGCUAUGCCGCAAGAAAUCCCAGAAGAGAUUGGCAGGGAUCAUGAGUGUGUUACAGGUGUGGCUGGAGGAGCCAGGCCAAAGAUCAAGGAGCAGGUUCAGGGUGGGCAGGAAGAUUAUUAUAUAGAGCAGCCUACAGAAGCCCCAAAAAGGAAUACUGAGCAAAUUAGAGCAAGCCAAGAUGUAUUCAGAGGGUGGACCACAGGAACCCAUAGGAAGAUCUUGAGACACGCUGGGAGAUCCUGGGAAGAGAUCACAGACCAAGCGGGAAGAGGGCAAGGGAAGAUGGCAGAACAGGACAACCAAGGUCAAGAAGCAGGUCUAAAACUAGUCAGGGACCUCUUGGCUGUUGUUGCCAGAUCUGACCUUCCCCACGAGGAAAAGCUGGAGCUGGAAUUUGUGACUCUCCAGUUUAUGAUGGGAGGCAAUGUGCACUUGCUUGGGGAGCUACAAAGCCAGGCAGUGGUGGAGACCUUCCGCCAGGAGGUGUUUGCAAAGUUCCCAAUCCCAGCUUUCCAUGUGACGAGCUCGGUGAUCUGCUGCGACCAAGCAGCCAGCCAAAGGCCCGAGAGACCCCAGGUCCUGAAUGAAAAUGGCUGCUCCAGGCAACAAGAAAGAAUCUACUCCCAGCUCAUCUUCUUCCUGUGCAGAGCCCCUUUCUUAAAGUCGUGGGACCAACUGGAUCGACUGGCCGAAAUGCUGCACAAGCUGAAGAACUGCAUCUACUAUAACCCAGUGGCUCUGGUUGGGGUCAUUGUGCAGGUGGAUCCAGACCCAGGUUUGGAUGCAGAACAAGAGGCCCGGGCACGGCGCUGGCUGAGGUGCUUGCUAGAUGGGUUCUUCUGCUGUGACUUAUUGUUAGAUCAUGACGGGACAGAGCCAGAAGUUCAAGUUCAGGUAGCUGUCUAUCAGUCAGGCCAGCCCGAGAGGGCUUUAGAGGUGAAGAGAGCAGCAUGUCAGGCAAUACGAGCAGCUCUAAAGUUCUGA